AAAAGUUUAAUAACCCUUCAUCCAAAUUUCAAAUUUCAGUAUUAUUGAUAGCGAAAGAAAAUAAAAAAAUAUAAUAUUAAACGGAAAUUUCAAACUUUAGUGGUGAAAUGUUCGAAAGCAAUCAGAUGAGGCCAAAUUGGGCCCAGAUAGGGACGAUUGACGUUAGUUUUUAUAAAUUUUAAAAAUUGUUAGUUUAAAAACAUAAAAUCAAAGAAAAAGUGUGUCAAGAAAUCUUCUAUUGACAAAAACACAAUUUGCACGGUUGCUUCCAGCAGUAGUGCACCAACCACUAAAGACUCCUCCUUUGCGAGAAGGUUUUUGAAUCUAUGCCGAUAUACUUUAAAAAGUGAAACAAAAUCUAAAAUAAUUAUAUUAACAAAAAGUAGCAUAGAAGAAAAGUGUUGCAGAGCUGCGCGCCUAUCGAUUAAAUUAACCGUAAAAAACGAGUGACUCGCUUGCGACAUUUGGUUGACGAGGGAAAACUUGUUGUUUUUUUUCUAGGACAGUGCAGGUAGCAACUAACCACGCGGCUCUCAUCUUAAAACGCCCAUAAGGUGAUUGCAGUUGGUAGUGGCAACUGGAUUGGGUUUGAUUACAUUCCGUAAAUAAGAAGGAACAGUAGCAACAGCCAGCCAGUCAUAUAAACAGGCUUCGAAAGGAGUGCUUGUGUAAAGAGGGUGAAAGUAAAUUUAGCUGAACUGAGUCCUCUUGUGGAGUUGUAGUAAACGUUUGCCGCACAUGCAUCUGCACGUGGCCAAUAUACGUGUAUUCGAAUAGACAGUUUCAUUUAAGAGGGCGACAAAUAAAUAAAUCACCAAGUGGCAAGGAUCCAGUAAUUUGGCCGAAAAUAAUGAAAGUCGUGGGAAAACUUCGUAAUUCAAAACCAAAAAUGGCUAUCGAUACAGCAGCAAUCACGCUAGAGGUAGUACCUUCACAAGAGUUAGUGUCUUCACGAAAAGCAACAAAAGCCGCUGGAAUUGCCGAGCAGAGUUUACAUAAGAAGAAAUCUUGCACAUCGCUGCUUUGUGAGCUGACACAUCUCAGGUCCCAGCAAAAGUAUCUCGAAUGUAAUCAGGUUAAAUUGAAUGCGGCUCACUAUGAAGAUCAACCGGUUAGCGGAAGAAGUAAAAACAAUAGCACCAAACAAAUGAUAAAUGAAAUUGAAAACCUCAAAGUGCAUUUAGAAGGUAGCUUGAAAGCUUAUCGGGAAAACUGUUAUUGUGAGGUGCGAGACUUUCGACAAGUGGUGAGCUCUAUACGCGACGAUGUUCAGCCGCAUCGUUUGAGCCAAUGCUCGUUGCCGGAACUACGUGAACGUAUUAUUAGUAUAAAUACGCAACUAAUGCAACUCUGCGACAAAAACGAAAAGGAAAUGGAGAAAUUGCGGGGCGAGUAUGAAAAGAUUGAGCACGAUAAAUAAGUUUUUGUGAAUGUUUAGAAAAGUGAAAUUAUAAGUUCAACAAAUUAAAACAAAUGAAAAACAUAUGUAUGCAAACAUUCAUAUAUUCAUUUAUUUGGUUUCUAAUUAAAACCAUUAUUUAGGUCAGUAUUGUAUACGGUUUUAAUACUACUACAAAUAUAAAUAUGUAUGUAAAUACCUAUGUAUUGGAUGUUUGUCUAAGUUCUGUUAGUGAAAUAAAUUAUUCAAUUUAUUGAAGUCAAAUUUCAA